AUGCUGUGUCCAGAUAUGUGGAAUUUGCCACAACCAAAGUACAGUUACGAGGCGAAUAGCUUCAAACGACACAUCAUAGAGAAGAAAGUAUCGUCCGGGAACUUCUGUGAAUAUAUCACCAUCGUGAUUCCAGGCGAUUUCCCACAUCCUGAAUCCGCGGAAAACGCUCUGCGGGGCAGUGACUCUUACACAGUAAAGGAACUGCCUUUGACGGAGUUUCUGGAGCCGGAAUUCAUUGAGGGAUUCGCGAAGAGAGGAAAAUUUUAUGGACUGUCUCUGAAGCAGGAUAACGAAGCUGAUUGUUGUGUGGCACUCACACCAAACGGAUAUCUUAGCAUUGCCGUGAACAGGGACACUUUCGAGUCCAUUCAACUCACCGGGAAGCCUAUUCAGACCUCGAGGAAGUCCAAGGACCGCUAUCGUGAGUACUUCAAUGUUUCUUGCAUGAAAGUGGCCAGACGGAAGUCACUCGAGAUUGUCAGGAAAAUGUAUCUAUUUUCUGCCUCAAUGCAAGAAAUGGUUCAAUUUUACGAGUGA